CGUCGGAUUUGGUGUGUAUCCCCCAUUUCCAAUUAUAGAUGGAUCAUUACAGACAGCGGAGUCCUGAGAAGCCAGACAUCUGCUUCUCACAUGAAUGCACUCACCUCCUAGAGACCCGGCUGCCAUCAUGCUCUGGAAGCUCGUGGAGAAUGUCAAGUACGAAGAUAUCUAUGAGAUGUUAGUCCACACCUAUUCAUCCAUGGACCGGCACGAUGGCGUCCCGAGUCACAGCUCACGGCUCUCCCAGCUGGGCUCGGUGUCCCAAGGACCUUACUCCAGCGCCCCGCCGCUGUCCCACACGCCGUCGUCAGAUUUCCAGCCACCCUACUUCCCGCCCCCCUACCAGCCGCUCCCCUACCACCAGAGCCAGGACCCCUACUCCCACGUCAACGACCCCUACUCCCUGAACCCCCUGCACCAGCCCCAGCAGCACCCCUGGGGGCAACGACAGCGGCAAGAAGUGGGUUCAGAAGCCGGCUCUCUCCUGCCCCAGCCUCGGGCCGCCCUGCCCCAGCUCUCGGGCCUCGACCCCCGGAGGGACUACCACUCGGUCCGCCGGCCGGACGUGCUCCUGCACUCAGCGCACCACGGCCUGGACGCGGGCAUGGGUGACAGCCUCUCGCUGCACGGUCUCGGCCACCCCGGGAUGGAAGACGUCCAGUCAGUUGAAGAUGCCAAUAACAGCAGCAUGAAUCUAUUGGACCAGUCUGUCAUAAAAAAAGUUCCGGUUCCUCCCAAAUCUGUGACUUCUCUGAUGAUGAAUAAGGAUGGCUUCCUGGGAGGCAUGUCUGUCAACACCGGUGAGGUGUUUUGCUCGGUCCCCGGCCGUUUGUCUCUGCUCAGUUCAACUUCAAAAUACAAAGUAACUGUGGGGGAAGUUCAGAGACGGCUGUCGCCCCCCGAAUGCCUCAAUGCGUCUCUCCUCGGCGGCGUCCUCAGAAGAGCCAAAUCGAAAAAUGGGGGGAGAUCUUUGCGAGAAAGGCUAGAAAAAAUCGGUUUGAAUUUACCCGCGGGCAGGCGCAAGGCAGCAAAUGUCACGUUACUCACCUCCCUGGUGGAAGGAGAGGCUGUUCACUUAGCUCGGGAUUUUGGGUACAUUUGCGAAACGGAGUUUCCUGCCAAAGCUGUUUCUGAGUAUUUGAACCGGCAGCACACGGACCCCAGUGACCUGCACUCCCGGAAGAAUAUGCUGCUGGCCACCAAGCAACUUUGUAAAGAAUUUACGGAUCUGCUGGCUCAGGACCGGACGCCCAUCGGAAACAGCCGGCCCAGCCCCAUCCUGGAGCCUGGGAUCCAGAGCUGCCUCACGCACUUCAGCCUCAUCACGCACGGCUUCGGCGCCCCGGCCAUUUGCGCUGCGCUCACGGCCCUGCAGAACUAUCUCACCGAGGCGCUCAAAGGCAUGGACAAGAUGUUCUUGAACAACACCACCACUAACAGGCACACGUCUGGGGAAGGCCCAGCUUUGCCCGCAUGGUUUAUGAGCUUCUUCAAAGAGGACUUGGGCUUCCUACACAAUCUAUAAGGGCAACGCGCCCCACGCGUGUGACGUGCGAGAGACGCGAUGGACGCGCCUUGCUCUUACUGUGCAGGUCCCGAGAGCGUGGGGGCCACUCGCGCCCAGUCGUGUUGAGGACAUAGAAUCAGCCGCUGGAGGGGCCGCGGGCCGCGCGGGCCCUUCCCGCUCUCGGUCUCACCCUAAGGGCUAAGGCGACCGAGAAAGCCCGGUGCUCCAGUAGGUAAUGGGGCGGCGCCCCGCGGGCUGCAGGCGGGAGGGGUCUCAGCGCUGCCCGAGCCCCUUGCUGCCAGCGGCCGCCCCGGGCGCCUGCUUCCCGAGGGCGAGUUGGCCUAGAAAUGUCCAGGGGAUCGGAAGCUUCCCCCGCCUUUGCCGGUACGAAAUCUCUCCACCCUCAGGCUCCCCAAGGCGGGUGAUGGGGGUAGGAAUUGUCUUACUGGGCUACGCAGGCUCCUUCGUCGCCCAUCGCCCUCCUCCGGGCGUUCUUUUGGCGCCCGGGCUGAGCAGAGCGCUUAGCAUCUCUCCCCCGCACCCCGCCUCCACGCAACGUGGAGAGAACCCACUGCCCCCUCUCCCUCCCUCACUUCACCUUUCCUGUACGACCCCCGCCCCCCUGCUUUCGUUAGCCAGGCCUGCUACGUUUAUCUGAUAAUUGAGUUAUUAAAAGAUUUGGUUUCCUUGGGCCCAUAAAUCAAUAAACAGUGGGAUUAACUCAAGAGUUUGCCUUUUAAGUCAAGGGAAACGUUUAAAGCAAGCCCCUUUGAGUCUUGUUUUCAAACUAAACAGGUGAGUUGCAGCUCUCCCUCCCCCCGCACCAUGCACUCUUAAGACACGGUAUCCAAGCCGCGUGCCCACUCCUAAGUGCCCGGUCCCAAACCAAAAGAGCUAAAGGUAGAAAGCAGGAGUCAGGACGUGGCAGCGCUGCCCUCACACUUUCCACUUUGCAAGUUCCUUUGGAGGUUCUAAAGGUCUCCUGACCAUUCUCUGUCCAGUCCUGCCUCCUCUUACACGUAUUGUGGUUCUCCUGGAAGCAAAGAGAGAGAAAAAAAGGGCUGUUGUGGGUGAGGAUUCUCCCCUAGUUAGCUUGCUUUUUUUUUUUUUUUUUUCCCCUUCUCUCUGGCACCACAUCCUUAG